AUGGGUGUGGGAAUAUCAGUUUUGAUAGGAUUGAAGGCGACAGCGAUGUUCUUUUUGUUUGCAUCCCUUAGAAUCUAUGGUUUCACAUUUUUAUCCAUGCCCUUUUUGUAUGCUUCUCUAGUUUCUUUAUUAGUAUCCAUAGCUGCUCACCCCUCGAUCAAUCUCCCCAUGCUUCUGGGGAAGAACCCAGAUGGGAGUUUUCCCAUCUGGGCAAUUAUUAUGUUCAGUCCAUUCUUGUAUUUUGUUCGAUUGUUUUCCAUUCUGCGAAGAUUCAGUAAUAGGGAAGAGCCUUAUACCGAAAUUUAUGAGGGUAUCUAUGUUGGAGGGUGGCCUUCCUCGCCUGAUAAUUUGCCACCCGGUGACCCUGCCAUUGUGGAUUGCACUUGUGAGUUUCCCAGGGCUUCGCAUUCUGUGGGGAAUGCUUAUCUUUGCGUUCCAACUUGGGACACGAGGUCUCCUCAACCUUCUGAAAUUGAAAUGGCUGUUCGAUGGGCUUGUCGAAAGAGAGAGCAGAAAAGGCCUAUCUUUGUUCAUUGUGCAUAUGGUAUGAUAUGA